AUGACUGGCGAUGAUGAAGAUCCAUCAGUGUCAUUCGUCGGUGACCCAUUUCAGUCCACCCUCGAUCUGCACGCAGGGUAUCACCCGAUGUACAAUCCUUCUGCUAUCCCUUAUCAGGGGUCUGGGCUACCACACUCGUCUCCUCCUCUGUACUUUCCUGCAUUCCCUCCACCAAUCGUGUCUGUUGAUGGAAUAUCCACUUUAGCACCAGACUCGGAGGACAUCCCGUCUCUUGGAGAGCUGUUACGCCUCGAUGAGCCAUUGCCUCUUGGGGAUUCAUUCCACGUCAGAGAUCCUUCGCCUCCCCCUCAACCAUCUGGAUCACAUAAUCGCCAACCUCUGGAAAAGCCGAUAGAAAUCAAGUUUUUGCCAUACCCGCGUGGUUUUUCGGAUGCUCCUCCGUCCACGGCACCCUCGCGACCAUCUCGCAUAGCGCCCUUACAGUACAAUGAGAAGACCCGAAUCCAUCAGAAAAUCUUCGGAGCGGUGCGUACGACACUCAUUCGAUCUGCACUUAGUACAUCCCCAUUCUUGACUGAGCAACAAAGAAAGGCGGCAGCUCAUGAUGAAUUGGUUUCGGCAGCAAAUGUAUAUGAUGAAGAGUACGGGGGUCAAUGGGGUGCAGAAAAUGUCACCAUGUUCUAUAAAUUGUUCACAGUGCCGCCGUCCAUGGAUAUCAUGUCUACCUGCAAGAAAAUUGCCCGUUCCGUAGCUCAAAUCGGGUACAAACUUCGCCCCUCAAUCUGGUCGGAGAGGUCUGAACCACAGUAUCAGAUUGAUGCAGUGAUGGACCUCAUCAAUGAUCCUUUAUUCCCCCUCAAAUACAUAUUCAGGAAUGACUUGGAUGAUGCCCAAGUCAACAAUGAUUCCCAAGUCGAUGGCGAUUCCCAAGUCGAUAACGAUCCCCAAGUCGACAGCAAUCCCCAAGUUGACAGCAACCCCCAAGUUGACAGCAACCCCCAAGUCAACAGCAAGAAGCUGUUUGCUUUCGAAAAUCAUGUGGUAUUGCAUGUCGUUAUGAACACCAUUUUGAAGCUCGGCUACGUGCCCUACAUUACAGAACUUGACAGUCUGUUUUGUACAGCCGCAGCAGCCGUGGAGUGUGCUCUACAGGAGCUAGCGGGCGGGCUGUUAACAGUAUCCAUCAACUUUGGAGUAGCUAAUUUCAAGCCUAGGUACACAGUGCUAUCAGAUUGCAUUAGAGACUACAUCAAACCCAACCCGAAGCUCUCGACGCAGUGGGAGGAAUACAAGAAACACACUCAUGCCAGAUUGAUAGACAUAGUAGCCGCUGCACAUCGUGUUUGA